CCAGCUCUAUCUCUUCCUCUUCCCGUCUCACUCCGUGUGUCCUGUCCAAACACACACUGCUGUGCGGUAUUCCGCACCUCCGUGGGAGAAAACAAUGGGGGUAAUUUGCGGCCGUGAAUGGCGCUGUAUCUAGAGCACUCUGGUUCCUGUGUGGGUCUCGCCGAACAGUCGGGCCUUUGGAGCCGACAUCAGCUGUAGGACGUCAGAGGAUAUUUAGCUGGGGGAGAGGAGAGGUUGCAGUCAAGAGCUGUCGUUUGAGACAGGAGGGUUAGAUGAAUGAGAUUGAGAAAGAUGUUUGUUAUUUGAAGCUUGGAAGUCUAAAAUGUUUAGCAAUGAGGCUUUUAAGGGUUAAGCAGAAUUGGGCGAGUAGUCUCGUUUGAUUCUAGGUAAUACCUAACGAUGAACAGAGGAUUAGGCAUGUAAGAAAAGGAAGUUUGUGUUUUGCAAGUACAGAUCUGUUUUUGAUACCUUGGAUUAAGAAAAUUAUAUGAGAGUGCUUACACUGCACACACUGAGCAGCUUUAUUGAGGAUACAAUCUUUGGUGUACUAUUUGUUGACAUCGUGAACAGUUUGGCAAAGAGUUAAAGUAGGAAACAGUUUUAGUUGUCAGCUCAUUUGUGAUGUUGGCUUAGAGCGGUGGCACUCGGAGGGGUUAGCAGCUGAAUAAAUGAAGACAUGGGACAAAUAGCAGUGUGUCGCUUUCAAGAGUUGCUGGGCUCCAACAAGAAACUCAACAUCAAUUACCAGGACUCAGACGGCUUCUCUGCGCUGCACCAUGCUGCUCUGACGGGCACUACUGAGCUGCUGUCACUGCUGUUGGACUCCCAAGCCACGGUGGACAUCAAGGACAUCAACGGCAUGCGUCCUCUGCACUAUGCGGCGUGGCAGGGAAAAUCCGACUCUGUUUUACUGCUGCUGAGAGGGGCUGCUUCAGUCAACGCUCCUUCGCAUGACGGACAGAUACCCUUACAUCUCUCUGCGCAGUAUGGACAUUACGAGGUGUCUGAGAUGCUGCUGCAGCACCAGUCUAAUCCCUGCCUCAUGAACAAGGCGAAGAAGACUCCUCUGGAUUUGGCCUGCGAGUUUGGCCGACUCAAGGUGGCUCAGCUGCUGCUCAGCAGUAACAUGGUGUCAGCGCUCUUAGAAGGAGAGAGAGGGAACGACAGUCUGGAUUCCCCCUCCACCACUCCCCUCCACCUGGCAGCCAGGAACGGACACAAAGACGUAAUCAAGUUGCUGCUUAAAGCCGGCAUCGACAUCAACAGAGCCACCAAAGCGGGGACCGCUCUGCACGAGGCCGCCCUCUACGGCAAGACGGAAGUAGUGCGGCUGCUGCUCGAUGCAGGGAUCAACGUGAACCUGCGCAACACGUACAACCAGACAGCUCUGGAUAUCGUCAACCAGUUCACCACUUCCACGGCCAGCAGAGACAUCAAGCAGCUGCUAAGAGAAGCGUCCAGUUCCCUCCAAGUCAGAGCAGUGAAGGACUACUGGAAUCUCCAUGACCCCACUGCGCUCAACCUGCGUGCUGGGGAUCUUAUUAUGGUCCUGGAGCAGCACUCAGACGGCCGCUGGAAAGGCCACAUCCAUGACAGUCAGCGGGGGACCGACAGGGUGGGCUUCUUCCCGCCUUCAGUGGUGGAGGUCCUCAGCAGGAGAGCAGGGGGCGCUCUCUCCCGCCAAGGCUCAAUGCCAUCCCAGAGACCACAUCCUGCAUCCAGACCUCCUCCCUCAGGCCCCGCCCCUCAGACAGAUGACUCAUACAUCCUCGGCUAUGACCCCGCAGGUGCUUCACCGGCCAGUCAGUUCUCAGCCCCAGCAACCCCCCCUCAGGACAUUUGGGUCCUAAGGAGCUCUCCCACUGGCGACAGGAACAGUGUUGGUAGCACAGGCAGUGUGGGCAGCAGCCGCAGCGCCGGCAGCGGCCAGAGCUCGGAGAGCGGCCGCAAGCAGAACGGGACUCACAUCCGCCACCACCCUGACGCUGGCAAGAUGGCUCCCUCUGCAGGUGAAACUAGAGAACAGGUCCACAGUACAGCAGCUGACCAAAGAAAUGGUGGUUCUCGCCAACAGGCCAACAGCACUCCUCAGAAAGGCUUCAUCAGACCAGAGCAGCUUCUGGAGGGCAAGGACUCUGAAGCUAUCUACCAGUGGUUGUGUGAGUUCCAGUUGGAGCAGUACACUUCCAACUUCAUCAGAGCGGGAUACGAUGUACCUACCAUCAGCAGGAUGACUCCUGAGGAUCUCACUGCUAUCGGUGUGACCAAGCCGGGCCACAGAAAGAAGAUCUCAUCAGAGAUCAGCAAGCUGAGCAUCCCCGAGUGGCUGCCAGAUUACAUUCCCUCGGACUUGGGGGAGUGGCUAAGCGUGAUUGGGCUGCCUCAGUACCAAAAGAGAUUGUGUGACAAUGGCUACGACUCCAUUGCGAUCGUUAAGGACAUCACCUGGGAGGACCUACAAGAAAUAGGGAUCACCAAACUGGGCCAUCAGAAGAAGCUAAUGUUGGCUGUGAAACGACUCUGUGACCUGCAGCGCUCUCGUAAUCAGGUUGAUAGGACAGGAGAGGGAACUCUCAGGAGAAAGCCAACGGCUGCGCUAGAGCUGGUGGCUAUCGAACACACACCAACGCACAUCGUUCACUCUCAUGGACACUCCGAUGCCCCAUCUGAAAACUGCUGCCCUUCCCCUCGCACCCCCAGGGCUCUCCUCUCCUUUCAGGAUUGCGAGCUGAGUGCAGAGCUGCAGAGCGCUAUGAUGGGCAAGGUGGGGGGAUCGGCGUCGGAGGCUUUCGGCAUGAGAGGAGUGCCCCCCUCUGCUGUCAUAGCUGCUAUGUCUGUCAGUCAAGAAAGUAUAAGCAGGCGUUCGCGGGGCUCAGGGAGGUCGGGAAAUUCAAAUUCGGGAAAUUCCCAUGAUCACCAAACGACACCGUGUUCUAGCAGAACGUCUUGUAGGCCUGAGGAGAAACUGGGUACUGGGGGAGUGGAGGAGGCCAAGAACAGCCAAAGCAGCCCUGGAGGUAGAAGUAAGCAGAUGUCUGCUGAGAUGUGGGACCAUCAGAGUUGGGCUGGUGUCCCAGAGAAACACCCUUUCUCCACCGUAACACCUCCGCUAACCCCAAGCAAGAUGCCCCGCUUUGCUUGCCCCGCAGUUCCACCCAAGUCCAAACACCUGCAGUCCCCCAACCGCCUCUAUCAACCUCAGUACCACCCCCACCACCAGCCUCCCUCUUCUCCAUCAUCGCCAUCCCCACAACCCUCUCCCACAAAGAAGUACUUCAAUCACCUGCAGGCUCAGGCAGGAGCUGUCAACGGCCCUCCACGAGUACUUUCUAAACCCCUGCCUGGAGCCAUCCCUGUGCUUAGAUCCCCACCCACACAGGUCCAAGGGGACGACACUCGGAGAGGGUCACAAAAUAAGCGCAGCCAAAGUUUGACUCGCUACGCUCUGUCCGACGGAGAGCCAGAUGAGGACGAUGACCUCCCUCUUCCCUCUUCCUCAGCUUCUUCCGUAACCAUGCCGCCCUACGCCACUCUGUCUCGCAGGCCGGGACGUGCCUCAGGACCCCCACGUCAAGUCAACCGCAGCCACUCCUUCGCUGUGCGCUCUCGACACAAAGGUCCGCCUCCCCCGCCGCCCAAGAGGAUGAGCUCAGUGAGUGGCAGUCCCACAAGACAGCAUAGCGAGUCAGGCAGGAAGGCAGCAGAGCCAGAGUUGAAGGCCGGGGUAGAGACAGAUAGUGCAGGCAGUGUGAGGAGCAUCGCUGCCAAGCUAGAAGGCAGCAGCAGUUGCAGCAGCCCAUCGAGGAGGAUAGACAUACCACCGACCUAUGUUCACGUUUCACCUGUUCCCAGCCCAGUUUCCUCUUCCUCACCAAUCGCUUAUGGAUUACCAUCGCAUAUUAUUCUACAGCAUUCCAAACCUGUCCCUGCUUUGGGUUUGGGAGGCUUAAGGAGGGUAGGAAGUGAGAGGACAGAAGGCGAUACUGACAGACACAGAGGUGGAAGUACAGAGGAAACAGUUGAAGAGAAACUGAAAGCAAGAAAAAGUGAAAAACUAUCUAGGAGUUCUUCUGUGUCACCAAAGACCAAUUCUGGGAACCAUCUACCAUUCGCCGAAGAAGGCAAUCUUACUAUCAAACAACGACCCAGGAUAGCCAUUGUUACCCAGGCAGACACAGACACUAGGUCUCCAACAGAUAGUCCAGUUCAGACCCAGAACAGCUUGGAGCCUCCGGAGUUCAACCUGAAAGAGUCUGAUACUGUAAAAAGACGGCACAAACCCAAAGACAAAGGUGCUUCCACACCAGAAGAGGCUACUACUCCCAACCAAGAGGAAGACCACCUGCUGCUUACCAGUCCACACACACAUGUUGAAGUCAGAGGUGUAAAUAAAGGAGAGGCAGAGACACCAGGGAAUGCUUUCCUUAGAGUUGGCUCGGUGGGCAAAGGUUCAAAACCUACUGUAUCCUCAAAACCUUCCACUCCUCUAAAACAAACCCCUAACGGCAGUCUAGUGAGCCCUCAAAAAAUUGAUCCGACGGCACGGGUUACCGCGCAAACAGCCAUUCCAAAUUUGACCAGUGUGCAGAUACACACUGUCUCUCCAAAACUGAGCGGCAGCUUUCACAUCCAGACAAGCAUGCAGAGCCCUAAGCCCGUUGCGCAUUUACAGACAGUUGGGUCCAAGCCGGACUGUCCGCUGAAAGCCACUGCUCUGCCUGCAUCAAUGCUCUCUCCGUCCAAUGCAACGCCCAUUUCAGCAGGAGGAACAAAUCUCCAGAUAAUCCAAAGCGUCUGUUUUCCUGCUCCAUCCUCCACGACACUGAGCUCCUACUCCCCUAACUCGGCCUCGUCAGGUCAGUCAAGGAAAUCGGGGGGAUCUCUGUCUGGUGUAGCAGGUCUGGAGGUUCUGGCCCAGAAGAGACUGGAGCAAACCAGUACGUCACUAGAGGCUGCUCUCAAAGUGGUGGAAAACGAACUCGCACAUGGCAGCAGUGUGGAUGGCUGCAGUAGCAGCAGUUCGGUGAAGGCAGCUGGGAAUAUUCUGGACGACAUCGGCAACAUGUUUGACGACCUGGCGGACCAGCUGGAUGCCAUGUUGGAGUGACGCCCCGGCCUACCUGCUUCUUCCAAAACCAGCCACAGAUGAAACGGCUGAAGCUCGGCACCUGUGAUGCACCUUGGACAUGCAGACUCCUCCUCAGGCCCUCUGGAUGGAUCAGUGAGAGGCACGUCUGAGGAUUUUCCAGCACAAUAUUGUCCUGUUUUUUUUUUUUUUUCUUUUUGAUUUUAAACCCCAGCACUUGGCCUCAGGACACACAUUUGGGAAUGUUCCUGGAUGGACAACAAACAGUAGCAUGAAAGAUCAGCCUGUAGAUAUCUGCUCAGUGUGCGAUGACUUGAGGAAAAAGCUGGUCCAUCGUACAUGUAAAUACAGAGAAAAAUCUGAUGGUGGCGCUCUGUCACAUCUCUUUAUACGGAAUAUUUUAACCUAGAGUUAUAUUUAUACUGGUAAUGUUUUUUUUUUAACAAUAAUGACUGAAUUAGUGUACAUAGUUAUAUGUAUAUUUUGCAGCUUUAUGUCAGUAGCACGUUCGAUGCAUUGACAGAAGCUAGUUUUAACAUGUUUUUACCAAACUGUCGGUGAACAAAUCACUGGACUUCUCUGAACUGACAGCUGGGAUUAGUCACAGCUCGCUUCAGGGUGCUAAGACGAUAACGCACCGUUAACCAGCGGCUUCCAAAUAAAACGGGUAACACCCAUGUAUUACUUCUUCUUACAUUUCAGACGAGGUCAGUGUGUUUCUUAGCAGGCAGGGAAUGUUCUGUGUUUCACAAAAACUGUGGGAGUCUGUGUACCUGUGGGUGCCUGGAUUGUGACUAAAUUAUUUUAGUAGAGAAAAACGUUUUGUUUUCUUAUAAGUAAGGUGUUCAGCUGUGUGUAUUCUGAGAUUUUUUCCCAAGUCUUCUGAUGAAAAUAGUUUCCUCAAACUGAUUGUGCUUCAUGCCAUGUCAGUCCCGCAAAAUGAAUUUCUCGCGUCCACAUUUGAAGUUUUUGUCACGCCGCUGUUUACAUUCCAGCCAACAUGUGGCGCUGAGGCUGCAGAUACCUUUGAGUUGGAGUAGUUCUCGUCACAGAGAACAGAAUAACUCUUUUCAUGCAAAAUUAUUAGCUUCAUUUAUUGUGACUGAGACCAACAGGAAUGUAAUUCAGAGUUCAGCACCUUAAUUGCUCAACGUGGGAAAGGUAUCUGUUGCAACUACCAUUAAAAUCAGCAAUCUCCAUCAAAACACACCAUCCAAAAGUUAGUCGCUACCCUUUCUGACAACUCGUCCACUUUGCUGUUAAUACUCAUUGGGACUGGCUUUAUCAACCAUUUCAGGUUGAGCUUUCUUGUGUGUUUGCAGAUCAGAAAGGCAGAUUAAAGAGUAAUUAUUUUCAUUUUUGUACCAUAAUAUAUAUUUUUUUAGUUUGUGGUCAGCAAAGUUUUGUGGUUCUAUAUAGUUAAAAAUUUUCAUAAGUCUAAAAAAAACCAAUUAAAACAUGUUACAGGUUAAUAGCAUUAUUUCACAAAUACUUCAUUAUGUGUCAAUAUUUAAAUCCUGGGACAUGCUGGAUAUUUAUUUGUCUUCAGUUUCUCCAUCUGCUGAUAAAAGAUUCCAAGUUUUGUUUUUGCUCCAUUAUUAUGGCAAAUAUCCCAAUUAUCACCAAAUUACACCUGGAUUUAUAGAAGACAUUGUGUUAGGAGGACACUUUGUUCAUGGCAAUGUUCGUUAGGCAACCUCUGGGCCAAAAGGUUCCCCGACACGUGGAUUGGUUUAGCAUUUAGCGAAAACUGCUGUUCACAAGGAUCUGCACUGGUGGCAAAAUAAUUUUGAGAAUCUUGGGUGUCCUGAAUUCUUCACCACUACAAAACAUUUCAUUUUAAAAAACCUGGUGAAAACUAUUUUUUUCCCCAGGUGUGUCACUGAAAGAUGCCUUUGUGCAUUU